UCACCCCUCAAUUAAAUAAUCCAACCCCACACAGUACACAUGUUAUAAUAAAUCCCCAAUAUUUAUUUAUUAACAAAAGUAGAAAAUGGCAUUUUGGUAAUUUCCGCCGCAGUCGACACCGCCCCUACUUAUAUACGCCCAUAACGCCAUUCCCGUUACGCCGUAUUCCCUCCACCAACUCCGCCGCAAAUCGCCACUCACCGCCGCCGCCAUGGGCUCGAAGCCGAGGAUCCCCGCCGCAACCGCCGCUGGAAGGCUGAAGAGGAGGCUGUCAAGCUCCAGCAGGAGGCUCAGAAAGCGCCAGCUCUGUGCACGCAAUUCCGCCGAUACCGAUUCGUCGGUCUCCGGCAAGCUAGCGGCGCUGAGGAGCCUCAUCCCCUCCGGAAUCGGAGAUGCGAAGCCUGAGCAGCUGUUCCGCGAAACCGCCGACUACAUCGUGCUCCUCAAAACUCAGGUGCUUGUUUUGCAGAAAUUGGUCGAUUUUUACGGAUCGCAGUCGCAGGAGAAUCGCGACGGUGUGUAGUGGUUGCCUAGGGUUUUUGUAGGUGCGAUCAAUCGGCGUAAUUUAUCGGGAUGUGCGUGCGAUCUGAUGCGUAUAUCGUUAUGUGCGAAUGGAUGGUAGAUGUUCCAUCGAAAAAUCGGUGGAAUUUGGCAUCGUAGUGUUGCAGAAAUUAUACAUUGAAAAAAGAGGAAAGGAGAAAGAGGACAAUUUUCCCCCAAAAAAAAGAGAAAAAGAGGAAUGGAGGAGGAAGAAGGUUGAGCUUCUUUUCCUUUGGCUAUUAGUAUGAAUUAAUUUAUUAGUUUCCAUGCCAAUUAUGUACUAAUUCGAAUAGAUUCAUUUAGUUUACAUUUUAUAAAAUUUCUUCUUGUUUUAUUCA